AUCCGUUGCCAGGAUACGGUACAUUCCACUCGGUUGUUCGGCUAGCUCGUCUGGCUAACACCGUGUUGACGCAGAUACUCGCGCGCUUAGACUGAAUUCAGACACAGCAAUAACGUUAUUACUUAAACUUCGACACGUAUAAAGAGAGAAGGUUUGUUCUUGUUUGUGUUUUUAUCCCUGGACACCGGGUCGUUACCGUCUCACGGUUCGGCUUGCUGCUAGGUGGCUAACGUUAGCAUAACGGAAGGCUUUGUAGCGUCAGAAGGUUUGGGACGGUGCAGGGGAAAAGUCGGUACUAACGGGCAAAAACACAAAUCUAAGCGGUUAAAAAGUUGAUGUUAAUGAAUAUACAACGGUUAACCCGGUCGGUUUAUUCCAGUAACAGAUAAAACGGUUGAAUUUGGCUAGAAAGUCCUGUUUUUAACGGGCAGAUUAACGGUUGAAGCGGCACUAAAGCGGGUCUAACCGGUGGAUAAAUGUGUCUGUGACCCGGUGGUCUUUCGGUGUCCUAUGGAGCGGGUUGACCGGGGGAAAGACAGCCGACUGCUGAAGAACCAGCCGUACGACGAGAGCCUGGAGGUGAUCGACUCCGAGGAGGUGGCGAGCGUCUACAGCCCGGCUCCCGGCAGCCGGCGUCAGUCAGAGUCCAGGAGGAGCAGGGCCGGUCGUGGCCUGAUGUCGGCCAACAGCAGCAGUGACGAGUUCGAAGAUGACCACAAGCCUCAGAAGGCCAAAGAGCCGAUCGGCGGGCAGCCGGGGGUGAGUCCGAACGAGGAGGACGAGGAGGAGGAAGAGGAGGACGACGACGACUCUGAUGAAGAGGAUACAGACGAUGACGAUGAGCCAGGACAGACACCGGAGGGGGCGUACGACCCCGCCGACUACGCCAACCUGCCCGUCAGCACCGACGUCAAAGAGCUCUUCCAGUACAUCACACGGUACACCCCCCAGUCCAUAGAGCUGGAGCACAGUCUGAAGCCCUUCAUCCCAGACUUCAUCCCAGCUGUGGGAGACAUCGACGCCUUCCUGAAGGUGCCGAGGCCAGACAGUAAAACGGACGGUCUGGGUCUGCUGGUUCUGGAUGAACCCAGUGUGAAACAGUCAGAUCCCACGGUGCUGUCGCUGUGGCUGUCAGAGGAAACCAAACAACACGGAGCCACCGAGCUGAAGAAGGUGACGAGUGUAGCGAGUCCUCAGUCCAACCCUCGGGCGGUGGACAGCUGGGUGGAGAGUAUCGGCGCCCUGCACCGCUCCAAACCUCCGGCCAGCGUUCAGUACGUGCGUCCGAUGCCGGACAUCGACAGCCUGAUGCAGGAGUGGCCGUCGGAGCUGGAGGAGCUGCUGGGCCGCCUGCAGCUGCCGGCCGCCCGCCUCCACUGCGACCUGACGCAGUACACAGACGUCCUCUGCAGCCUGCUGGACGUCCCCGUGUACGGCAGCAGGAUCCAGUCCCUGCACCUGCUCUUCAGCCUCUACCUGGAGUUCAGAGACUCGCAGCACUUCACACGCAGAGCGCACACCUGACGGCGACCGGAGGCGGGGCCAGCAGCGUCUGUAGGGUCUGAGAACGUUAAAGCGGCAGGUGCACAAACUGUCCUGAGCUGGAAACAUGACGCUGAUCAUUUCACAUUGAUUUAAAGCUUCAUCUCCUCAGUUACAGCUGCUCGUGUUCAGGUCACGUCUGUAACCUCUUCUGUUUUGUCUUUAUAUUAUGAUAAUAUGAAAUAAAGAUAUUUAAAGAGCUCCA